AUGAGGAUGAAGAAUGCACUGCGACCAAAGUUCAGGAAGAAGUCAGUGCAUCUUCUAAAGCUGAAGAAGAAGAAGAAGAAGAAGAAGAAGAAGAAGAAGAAGAAGAAGAAGAAGAAGAAGAAGAAGAAGAAGAAGAAGAGGAAGAAGAGGAAGAAGAAGAAGAAGAAGAAGAAGAACAACAAUUUAUUUGAGAGAAUGAAGAAUGAAUUUUUUGAAGCAAAAGAUAAACUAUCUAGUCGUGGUACUCAUGAUGAUCCAGAUGUUGAGGUGGAGAAAAAUGUGCGGGAUAAGGAGACCGUUGAAUGUGACACGAUGAAAUCACCAUCUUCGGUGCCCGAGCAUGAAAUGGCUGUACUUCAUGAUGAUGCGGGUUUUGCGUCAUCAACCAUUGUUGUGUAUCAAGAUAGACCACUACCAACACCAGUGGAGAUAGAGCCAAUACCAAUGGAGAUAGAGAAAAUCGAUGUAGACGAUCCACUUGAGUCUCAUAAGGGGAGAGGGCACCAGAAGAAAAGAAAGGCCGCCGUUCUAUUGGUUUUCAUAGUGUGUGUUGUGUGUGUCUUGGUCGAGUGUAAGUACAUGGUUUACAACACUUCUCAUGGUACCGUGCCUGGAAAAAUCAAUGUCCAUUUGGUUUCUCAUACUCAUGACGAUGUUGGCUGGUUGAAGACAGUCGAUCAGUACUAUGUUGGCUCCAAUAAUUCCAUUCAGGGCGCAUGUGUGCAAAAUGUGUUGGACUCAUUAAUUCCAGCAUUGCUGGCGGAUAAAAACCGGAAAUUUAUUUAUGUCGAGCAGGCUUUUUUCCAGCGGUGGUGGAGAAACCAGAGUGACGACAUGAAGAAGAAAGUCCGAAUGCUCGUGAAAUCGGGUCAACUCGAGUUCAUAAAUGGUGGUAUGUGCAUGCACGAUGAGGCAACAACACAUUACAUUGACAUGAUAGAUCAAACAACACUCGGCCAUCGAUUUAUUAAACAGGAGUUUGAUGCAAUUCCGAGAAUCGGUUGGCAAAUUGAUCCUUUUGGACAUUCUGCUGUUCAGGCAUACCUUCUUGGCUCGGAGGUUGGAUUUGAUGCUCUAUACUUUGCUCGUAUUGACUACCAAGAUAGGGCCAAAAGGAAAGAUGAGAAGAAGCUGGAGGUUGUAUGGCAAGGCUCCAAAAGUCUUGGUUCUUCCUCUCAGAUCUUUACAGGAGCUUUUAAAACCCAUUACAGCCCUCCCGAUGGUUUUUAUUUUGAAGUCAAUGAUGACUCCCCUGUAGUCCAGGAUGAUACCAGUUUAUUUGAUUACAAUGUUGACGAGCGUGUGAAUGAUUUUGUAGCUGCUGCCUUGUCCAUGGCUAAUGUUACUCGUUCGAAUCAUGUCAUGUGGACCAUGGGUGAUGAUUUCAAGUAUCAAUAUGCAGAGACAUGGUACAGGAAUAUGGACAAGCUCAUACAUUACGUAAACCAAGAUGGUCGGGUCAAUGCCUUGUAUUCGACUCCGUCUAUAUACACUGAUGCCAAAUACAAAUCAAAUGAUUCUUGGCCUCUUAAAACUGAUGACUUCUUCCCAUAUGCGGACACUAAAAAUGCGUACUGGACCGGCUAUUUUACAAGCAGGCCAGCCAUCAAGGGUUAUGUCAGGAUGAUGAGUGGCUACUACUUGGCGGCUAGGCAAUUAGAAUUUUUCAGAGGAAGAAAUAAAGCAGGGGGCCACACGACUGACUCCUUAGCUGAUGCUUUAGCAAUUGCACAGCAUCAUGAUGCUGUAACUGGUACCGAAAAGCAACAUGUUGCUAAUGACUAUGCAAAACGGCUUUCGAGAGGCUACAAGGAGUCAGAGGAUGUUGUGGCAGAAUCCCUUGGCUGUUUGACGCAAUCGCUGUCACCUUUGAAAUGCAAAAGUCCUGUUACGAAAUUCAGCCAGUGCCCACUUCUCAAUAUAAGCUAUUGUCCUGCAACAGAAGUUGAUCUUUCUCAUGGGCAAAGAUUAGUAAGUGAUUCUGCAGGAAACAAGAUUUUAUCACAGCUUAUUCCCAUAGUAAAAGUGUCGAUUUCCAUAAGGAAAUUCUAUGGCACUGCAUAUACGGGUAGAAACUCUUCAACCGGCCCCAUGUAUUGGCUGGCAUUCACGGCUGUUGUUCCUCCUUUGGGUUUUAGCACUUAUGUGAUCACUAGUGGCGGAUCUUCUACUUUAAUAAAACCGGUUUCGUUCACGUUUGAUGAGAGUCAAAAUGGUGAUAUACAAGUAGGGCCUGGCAGCUUGAAGCUUAUAUACUCUGGGAUAGAUGGAAAGCUCGCACAAUAUGUUAAUAGCAAAAGCUCGGUAAACAUUUCUGUAGAGCAAUCGUUUAUAUAUUAUUCUGGGCAUGAUGGGAGUAAUGGUACCACUCAGUCUUCUGGAGCAUACAUUUUUCGGCCAAAUGGCACGUUUGGAAUUGAGCCUGAUAGAAAGAAUCCACUAACAGUUUUUAAAGGACCACUCUUUGAUGAAGUACAUGAGAGGAUUAGUUCGUGGUUAUAUCAGAUUACAAGAGUUUUCAAAGACAAGGAACAUGCUGAGGUUGAAUUUACUGUUGGCCCUAUACCCAUUGAAGAUGGAGUUGGGAAAGAGAUUGUAACUCAGAUAAAAACAACUAUAAAGAACAAUAAAACAUUUUAUACAGACUCGAAUGGCCGUGAUUUUCUACAACGGAUUCGAGACUAUAGAGCUGAUUGGGAUCUUCAAGUGAACCAACCAAUAGCCGGAAAUUACUACCCUAUCAAUCUUGGAAUUUACAUCAAAGACAAAAGUACAGAGCUAUCUGUUUUGGUAGAUAGAUCGGUUGGAGGAUCGAGUAUUGCCGAUGGUGGAGUAGAGAUCAUGCUCCACAGGCGAUUGCUUCAUGAUGAUGGUAGAGGUGUUGGCGAGCAUCUCAAUGAAACAGUUUGUGUUCGUGAUUCGUGUUUCGGUUUAGCAGUCAAUGGGAAGUACUAUCUGAGGUUGGAUACAGGUGGAGAGGGUUCCAAGUGGCGUCGGUCGUUUGGACAGCAGAUAUAUUCUCCAUUAUUAUUGGCUUUCACUGUGGAGGAUGACAGCCAUACGAAAUUCCCAGUCCCGAGUUUUUCGGCCAUGGAUCCUUCAUAUAGUCUACCUGAUAACGUUGGAAUAAUAACACUUCAGGAGCUUAAGGACGAAUCUGUUCUCCUUCGGUUGGCACAUCUUUACGAGGUUGGAGAGAACAAGGACUUAUCUGGCACAGCAACUGUAGAGCUGAAGAAAGUUUUCCGGAAUAAGAAGAUCAAGAAAAUCAUGGAAAUGAGUCUGUCUGCAAACCAAGAGAGAGAAGAAAUGGAAAAGAAGAGGUUAUCUUGGAAAGUCGAAAGCUCCAACGAGAAACAAGGCACCAAUUUGAGACGGAGCCCUGUCGACCCUGAAAAUUUGGUGGUCGAACUUGCUCCUAUGGAAAUUCGAACAUUCAUCAUCAUCUUCAGCUGA